GGCUCUCCUUCCACGCAUCCCGUUGGCUAGGAAAUUUCUGGGAAUUUAAAUUUUGUCAAAAAAAUUUUUUUUUGAAGUUGUAGGGAAGACUAGACGAACUUUUUUGAUACUCGAAAGUUCCGAGCAUCGCAUUUUUUCUCACUUUUUAAGCAUAUUUUGAUUUUUCCUGAAAAAUUUUGAGUGUGAAAGUUGGGCAUUUUUUAUUUUUAUGAAGAAAUGAUCUACUCAUUAAUUCCUUCAAUUUGAUAUAUGGGUCGACCUUAGGUCAUUCACUUUUAAAAACAAGGAUUUAGGGUCAUUGCUUGUUUGUUAUCUUAAAAUUCGUCGUCAUUUCUUUCACAAAAUGGCUUCGCCCUUUCUCGUCCUCGUCGCGAUCCUUGCCCACUUGCAUUCCUCGACCUCAUCCCAACUGGCGCCGCAGCCCAGUCGGAUAAACCGCACCUCCGACGGGCGUGGGCCAGAAUUGAAAGAUGCGAUUUUGAACGCCUCUCUACAUCAGGCUGAUGCUGGGCAGGAGCUCAACACGACACUGCCCCCCACGGACGGGCCCCUCGUCCCCUUUCUCAUCGAAGGAGGGACCACGCUCCUCUACGAGGCUGUGUUGUCGGGCGAGGAUGACGAGGAGGACAGCUACAUUUCGCCCACAUAUCUUGGGAAGCAAAUCACCUGCGAGUACACCCAGCCCGACCCUAAUACUGGCCUGUUCGAUCCGAAAACCUACCCCGACUACAACUGCAACUUGUACAUCCGCCAUAUCAAACCGAUCUCGCACCUCAUCGGAUUCCGUCAAAUGAUGCUCGCCUCGGUGAUAAAACCGAUUGCGUUAAUUUUCUGCCCGACGUACGCCGUGAUUUACCUCGUGCCGCAGUCGAACGUCGCGCUCGUCAUGAUGACAACCCUAAACUACACCGAGUUGCAGGUCGGGUGGACGCAGUGGUUUCCAACGUUCACGGCCGUCCUCCUCCAAGGCUUCCCAUACCCUGAGGACCAUUCCAUCAUGUGGGGCUACGCCACACAGUUUUCCUACUCGGAGGUCGGCUUCUCACAAGACCCUCACAAUAACUACUUCUUGGACAUGUCGACCAAAAAAUAUAGGGAGAGAAGACUCCGUCGCCCAGCUGGAGGCGGCGAGAACCUAGACGAGGUUGAGUGGCGAGAAUUUGUCGGACGGAAGAAAGAAAUGCUAGGAGAUGAAUUUGUUGAUCCUCUUGAGCGUUUGGAAGAGGUGGCUCAUCGCAUGUACGCCAAACUAAAUGUUUCUAACCCACGGGCGAAUGGGAGUCGGCCAAGUGCAGAGUUUGAAGUUCAGCAGAAAGAUACGUUCUGGAGGAUUGAGGACUCUGGGUGUCAUCAUAGGAUCGAGUUGGUGGAAAACCCCGUCCUCAAAGGCGACGGGGGGCUCGUUACGUUGGACUUGCAUGAUUCCAUUUCCUUCACAAUUCGGGCCCUGCCGCUGACUGCGAUUGGGCGUCUCUCCAUGUACCGGCCGCUGUUUGUCAUUACGAACUCACACCCUGAGGUUUUGAGCGUUGUGAAGAAGCACGAGUACGACUCGGAGGCGAAAAUACAGACGGCGAAGGUCAUGUUGUCACCGACGGGGAAGUCGAUUGGGACUUCGAACAUCACGAUCCGAGCUACGCUGUCUUCCAUCCAGUGUGCUGGACCCAAUGAGCUCACCUACACUGUCCAAGUCGAUCACGAAAAGGGACGCCGGCUUUGGGUCAACUUUCCGAUCCCAAUCUGUAAGAGUGGUCACUUUGGCAGAGAUCGGCCGUGGAAAGAGGACAAACCCUAUUGCAUUGAUCCUCACGUCAUUCUCGAAGCUGGAAACGCCGUGUCGAGUGAAUCUCAUCCGAAAAAGAUCCAUAUCCAAGAUUCGACCCCCAUAUUUAUCAAACUUCCGAUAAACUAUCGACCUCCUUCGAUCCGUGGGGAAGAAAUACCACUGUCGACCCACACCUACAAUGCGGACCCGUCAAAACCCGCGUACCACAAUUACUACCAUAUUACGAACGAUACAAGAAAACUUAGAAAAUGUAAUUUCCGUUCGAAUCGGAGUGAAUGUGGUUGUUCCGACGCGGACAAGUUAGCUGAUGAUCCAGAAGUUUCCGAUUGUAAAGAAAUGGUGUACACUGUCCCACGAGCAAAAUCGUUUCAAGUCAGUUUGGACUAUGACCCUGUUAUGCGGGAACAGGACCAGAUUCCAGAGUUUUUUCGGCCGAAGGACCAUUUUUCCGUGUACAUUGAAGAGAUAAAUAAUCGACGCGAGUUCACACUUUACAGCCAACCCACCCCGCUGUUGGACGCGAUAAAUAGUGACGUUCGCCUGCACGAAGGGCGUGGUCCGUUCUAUAAUGCUCAAAACAUCACAAUCACCCUCCACGGAACGGGUCUCUUCCACUUUAAGGCCGGCCUAGGAAAAUUCGAUUCAUUCGGAGAGGUCACCGGCUACUUCACGGUUUAUUCGGACUCGAACGAGCUGAAUCAUAUAAAAUUAGUGGUCGUGAUGCUGUUAACGAUCACAUUCUGCUUUUCGCUAAUCUUUCUGGGAUUUAUGCGCGUUCGGAAGCGCCUCUCCUCCCAACUCCCCUUCCAGACCAGGGAGAAGACGAAGUUCAAGAUGGAAUAAGAAGCAGCAAUCUCGUCUACUGGAAGUGGAUCUCAAACAAAUAAUGCCGUUCCCAUUUUUCUGUUCUCCUCUUAUGUUUUUUACAUUUCUGUUUUGUAAAUAUGUAGAAUUGUGCAGUGCAAUUUUAACUAAUUUGUAUGUAUUUUAAUUGUUAAAUUAAUAAA